ACCACUGUACUCCAACUCCGAGCAUGGUUCUGUAGGCUAACACAGGAGUUAAUCUAGCUGAAAACAUAUUUUUUUUCACUGAACAAACAUCGGUCUGCGGGGGAUUGUAUAAACAAGAAGAAAAUGCCAUUUUGCAAGAGGACAAUAUCUCCCAAGGAUGUCUGCAAGGGUGACAUUAAAAUUUUCACGGACUUGGUGGAUGUGUGUGGGUUUACUCUGUGCUCUGUGCUACGGCAGCUCUCGGAUUUAUCCCGACAGUCGGUGAGCAUCUUGGAGGAGCUCGAGGGUGAACUUGUCUCCAUUUGUCAUCGAUCCGGGACGCUGGAAAAUAAAGUUGUGGGUUUACAAAAACACAUCGCUGCUCUUGCGUGCAAGCCACCACCAAAGACCAACACCAACUUGGACUCGGAGAGCAAGCGAACGGCCCACUUCCAAUCGUCAUGGCAACAGCAUGUGAAUGUGUUCGGCUCGUGGAGUAGGCCGGAGUGCGUGCAGGAGCUGCAUCAGGAGGCUCAGCUGAACCUGCAGAGUCUGCUGCAAGACUUUGAGGAGCAGCUGUAUGACAACAGAGUGACCGGCCAGACGUUUCGCCACCCCUCCUCUCAGAGCUCCGAGGACACCUCCACCACGCUCAGCCGAUCUCCCGCCGCGCUCAACCACAAGAAGCCAGAGUUCAUCUUCCUGCCAGCGAAUAAGCAGGUCAGUGAGGAUGAGGCGGAGGCGUUAGGGUUCCAUGCCCGAGAUCCCACCUGCGGGUCAGAGCACCCCCUGCUGGGCUGGAGUGCCUCGCUGGGUCCCCCCGUGGCUGAGAAACCCCGCUGGCGCCUGGGUCGUAACACGCCCACACAGCUUGUGCCCAUCGACGUAUCAGGUGAUGGCAAGAUCCUGGGUGUUGACCUGAUCCAGGGUGCCUGCUCUCCGGACUCCUCCCAGCCGCGCUCCCUGCAGCCCAGCACGGAGGUCUCAGAGGAGCAACAGCUGGCCCUGAGGAAGACCCAGAGUGACCUGGAGCACAGCGUGCCCCCCUCCCCCAAGGCGCCCCCUGGCAUGAUGGACCAGGCCACCCUGCUGUGCCCCAGCACCUCCUGGAACGGACCCAAGGGCUCCACCUUCUCCCCGGCCUGGAGCGACUCCUACAACUAUGCCCUAGCACCUGGCUCCAUGGCCAAGCAGUCCCCUUCCAAACCAGGCAGCAUCGGAGGAGUAGGAGGAGUUGGAGGAGGAGUUGGAGGAGUUGGAGGAGGAGGAGGAGGAAUGCUGUGUCCCUCCCAGACCUACUCAGGGCUGUCCGUGAGCUCGAGCUCUCAUUCCAGUUCCUUCGCCUCCAUCAACGAGCCGUCCGCACAUCAUCACCACCACCCCCGGGGACACUCGGGCUGCCACGGCCUCCUGGCCCGACGGCACGAGACGGAGGGGGCGGUUUCCGCCGCCCCGGGCAACGGCUACGGACACAACGUCGACCCGGACAAGAGGUCCUCGGGCUCGCGCUCCAACGCGUUCAGGUUCCGCGAGCGCUCCCUGUCCACGCCGGCGGACUCCGGCUCCUUCUGCUCGGCGGACAACGUGUACGUCUACUCGGCGCAGGCGGCGGCGGGGGGGCCGACGACGCCCCACGAGGGGGGGGAGACCUACGCCCUCCACUACCCCAGCGGCAGCUCGGAGGACAGCGCCAGCACGGACAACAUGUCGGUGGGCACGGCGCCGGACCUGGUCCCGGACGGCCGCCUGCGGACGCGCUCCCGCAGCAUCUCCCUGAAGAAGCAGAAGAAGAAGCCGCCGCCGCCCGUGCGCAGCGUCUCCCUGAUGAAGAACCUGAGCGACGCCGCCGCCGCCGGAGGAGGAGGAGGAGGAGGAGGAGGAGGAGGAGGAGGAAGAGGAGGCCACUUCCGCGAGGGCCGGCCCAAGAGCCUCCACAUCCCCCGCGAGCACCACCUCCAGGAGCCCUACCACCCGGAGUUCCUCAUGGCGGUCAAGACGAGGCCGGACGAGGACGAGCUCGACCGCGCGCGGGGCUACUCCGAACCGGACGCCGCCUCCUCCUCCUCCUCCUCCUCCGCAGCGGGGCAGGGCGUCCCGGAGCAGGAACGGGAGCUGGCGCUGCCCGCGCACUGGCCGCUGAACGAGUGGAAGGCCAACAACAACAACAACGACGCGUACCACUCGCUGUCGGGCUCCAGCACGGCGACGGGCACCACGGUGAUCGAGUGCACGAAGGUGCAGGGCAGCUCCGAGUCGCUCGACUCGCACUCCACUUCCCGCGCCACGUCUCCGUCCCAGCUCUCCAUCGAGGCCGAGGUGAAGGUGUCGCCGUUUAAUAAGCCCCCCGGGCUCAUGUCCCCGUCCAGCGGCUACUCCAGUCAGUCCGAAACUCCGACGCCCACGAUGCCGUCCGCGCUCAACGCGGGGGGGCCCUCGUUCGUGGGCUGCAAGAUGCGUCCCAAAAUCCCCGAGAGGAAGUCCUCGCUGCCGGCCACCUCGCCGCGGGAGAAGACCGCUCGCUCUCGUCUGUCCUUCGAGCUCCCCAGCGCCCAGCUGGACCUGUCGUCCGUCAAGCCCAAGCCCAAAGCCGGCCGCCGUCACUCGGACACGUCGGCCGCCAGCAAGCCGGGCAAGCUGAGCCCGAGUCAGUCGGCGCUGCCCGUGGUGGUCACCCCGAUGGAGUUGCGCAACAUCCGGCUGCGCUCCGUCAGCCGCUCGGAGCUGGAGGACGGCCCCGACGGCGCCUCGGACAUCAUCGAGGAGGAGCAAGGGCGCGACCUCAGCCCCCCCUGCACGCCUGACCCCAAACCGCCCAAGCCGCCCGUGGCCAUGAAACCGCCGCUGCCCAAGCGCCCGGUCAACCUGAUGUUCAAGUCCCCCUCGUCCUCCCCGUUGGCGCCCGAGUCCCCUCCGGCGUCUCCCGUCGACCGGCCCAUACCCGUGGGCAACAUCUACAUGGUGGUCAGGAAGCCCAAGCCCAAGAGGCCGCCUCAUUCCCCCGUGAGCCCGUUGCCGACGAACGCGAGCCAGGAGCACCAGUCCCAGUCCUAUCUCCCCGCUCUGCUGCCCGAGCUGGAUCUGGAGCACGGCAUCCCCAUCGAGGAGGAGGAGGGUCUCCCUUCUUCCCCCAGUAGCCCCGAGAAAGAGGACAGGAGCAAGACCCUGCCCAGCCACAUGACCAUCUCGUGCUUGGCUGAGCUAGAUAAGAAGAGGCCCAAGGUGCCCCCGCCCGUGCCCAAAAAGCCCAGCGUCCUUCUGCUGCCGUCGCCGUCCUCCACGCAGACCAACGGAAUUGUGAGCCUGCCGCUUCCUCCCUCCAACAGCGAAUCAGAAUGUCCGAUCAGCGUGCAGGAGCCUGUGUCCGAACCCGAGGACGUUCAUCAAGUCGAGAACCCGGUAGUUGAGGCUGACACUCCAAAGGAAUCCACUCCUCUGCCAGAUGUACAAAUACUGGCUGUUGAAACAGUGACAGAAAUCCCAGAAAGCCCCAUGGAGGCAAACAGCUCCGUCGGAGAUAAGAAUGAGCUACAUAUAACUGAGGAGACAGAAGAUGAUGUUUUAACUCCCACUCCCACAUCUCACACCACAGAGGACCUCUUCACCAUCAUUCACCGGUCCAAGCGAAAGGUUCUUGGCCGCAAAGAGCCGGUGGACUCCUUUGGCAGUCGGCAGAGUCUCAUCUCGCCGGUGAAGAGCAACAGCAGCGACCACCUGCGGACCAUGACGCUGGGCAGCACGCCGAGGUCCAGUCUGAGGAACGAGAACUUCAUGGCGCUGCUGCAGAAGAAGGGCAGCAAGUCCAGCGGCGGAACGCGCGUCUCCGCCAUGGAGCUCCUGAAGAGCACAAACCCGCUGGCGCGCCGCGUCACCGAGUUCUCCCAGCUGGACCCAGACUCAACAGUGACCAGUCCGUCCAAACCGCUCCAGGACUGAAAGGGCAACCUUACACCUGCUGCUGUAAACGAGUCCGAGUCUGAAUUCUGAAGGUGUGUCCCCGUGUUGCGCUCGACCGGGUGAAAAAAAGAACAAUUUGUUAGGAAUCCACAAAGUCUGGAUGCUCAUAUGAAACACCGGUGUUCAUCGCUUUUUUUUGAUUUCACCAUUUCACUGGCUAAUGUUUUCCAUAGUGGUGGAGAGUUUUUCAUUUACCCAGUAGAUGGAUCUUCUGUUCGAUGGAAGAGUUUUGAAAUCGAUUAGUCACCCUUCUGAUUCUCUUGAGAAUGUACACAGCAAGUCAUGCAAAAGUCUUUUUUUAAAAAUAGAACUGAAAACAUCUGCCGUGGUAAUAUUAGGGUACUAAACUAUACACUUUAAGGACCAAAAUUGCCCAAAAAGUGGCCAAAAUCAAAUGAAUCAAUGUUGUGCCUGCAGGACAGAAGGAAAUGAGAGAUUUUUUUGCUUGAAAAAAAAAAAAAAAUGGAUUAUGCAUCUCACACAAAAAUCAAGCAAGUUUUCACACACAUUCCAUGAAGUGUGCGAGGAUGCAACAACCCCAAAACCCCUUAAAGAUAAAGCACUUUUCUCAGUCAAAGGAAGUACAGAACAGAUAUCUAUUAUUUUGUCAGACUAAAAGAAAAUGCCAUAUACACGUCUUUUUGGAUAUCAGUUAAUCUGUAUAAAGCUAUACAUACAUUCAUUAACUUAUCUACAAAUCUGUUUAAUCUAAGAGACACAAAAUGAUUGUGCGUAAUUGUACGUUUUGUGGCCAAUGGAAACUGCCUAUAUGGAAGGAAUCGUCACACUCUUUGGAUUAAAGCACCCCAACACAAUAUGCAACACCUGAUAACCUGAUAACAAAUGGAUCUUCCCCAUACUGCCAAACAAUGGCAAUUCAGUACACUGUGUGAACUUCUGUGACUGAACACACUAAUAAGGAGAAGCCCAAACUUUUAUCAUGAACUGUCAAAACUGUAACUGAACUGAACUGCCAUGCCAACACUUCAAAACAGUGGACCAAGAAAGGUUAAUCAGGGCUAGAUGGAAACAGGUUCCGGCUGGAGAGUGGGCAGGAAAUGGGUUUUCCUUGUUUGGACGCUGAGACGGUCCAAAGACUGUCUGAGGGGGUGACUCACUCAGGGGUUUCGCAAAUCUCAGGAGACCCAAUAUGGUGAUAGGUCCAAGUGUGCCAGGUCUCUAAAAAUAGAGAGCAUACAAUUGAACACACAGAGAAACCAGGAGGACAAGCGAGGCUGGCCCUGAACAGUCAGCUUAAGCUUUUGAGUUCCUUUCCUCCCCUCCCCUCUUCUUUUAACGCCCCCCUCCAAAGGUGCUAUCAUAAGUCGUUGUUGCACCCAGAUAUUGGCUCUAGAGAUUCAUUGCUUUAUUUGUUGAGAGUAUUCUUGCUUACAGGAAGAUGCACCAAUCACACGCUCAAUCACACCUACGGAUGGGUUUAGGACACGGGUUACGGAUCCUGCUCCUUGAGGCUGUUUGCAUGGAACAUAGUUCUUGAUAGUUCUUGUCAAUCUCUAAGCACACACCUGGUUGUCGUCAGUGUAAUCAUAAUUCUAUUGAUGUAGCUCCGUCAGGUGUCUCCAACAAAUCAAGAGUGUUAUACAAAAUGGCUCCAGGUCCAGGUCAGGUCAGAGUUGCCCGAGGAGCUGGAUUGAGAACAUGCUUUUUCAGAGUUACAGUAGGCCUAUAUGUGUAUUCAGGAAGCUGCCAUCUCUUACACUAAAAGCAGAUUACCUGAAGCAAAAAUGAUUAGACAUGUAGCUUACUGGUCUCACCAUCUUAUGUGGUGUUGACUGGUACUUGCAAUCCGUUUGUUGAGAUUUCACACCCGUCCAUGCUUAUUUGGGAUUCUGUCAAUGAACUGCUCAGACUCUUUUGACUCAGAAGAAGACAGAAUCCUGGUGCUAUUGAGUCAGAGCGCCAUCUAGUGUCUAAGAGAGGAAGCGUCCACUGAAAAUGAUUUGACUGUUAAUACCACAACGAAAAAAGGAAAAUCACAGUAUUAGGAACGCCUUGACUUUCCUUUUCAAAUAUUCCAGAAUAUUCCAGAAUAUUCUAAAAGAGGACUAGAAAAAAGAAACAAAGACUUAAUUGAUCUCAGUUCUGUGAAGUUUGUUUUAAUUAUUUAGAAAAUGACAAAAAAGCUGGCGCACAGUGUUUGUUUGCCUUGUGAUCUGGCAUGAAGCCCUGUGUUUGAAAUGCCUUGGUAUUGCACUUCCGUAGGAGUCUGCUGAGUCUCUUUUUUACAUGAUAACUACUCUCCAAUAACUGCUAUUGUGAACUCUGUGCUAGCCUCUCUUACUGUCAACAACACGUUCAUGGGUACAGUACAUGAAGGAAGGCACGGAAGAAACAGGAAAUGGUAGAGGAACAGAGAGAAAGUGAGAAAGAGGAAUGAAGAGAGAGGGAGAGGAGGAAACAGUACGCUUGUGCAUGUGUUCGGUAUAGGAUGCACAAACUGAAUAACAGAAUACAGACAUGCACACGAGCUCUACAAGAAGCCAAAACAUCGUUCCUUGAUGGGGGGAAAGGAAUCCUCAAAAUAUUGUUAUUCGUUAUUCUUGUGCAGACCACCGUCCCAGUAGGCCAGCUGUGGCAUUUCAAAGAAUGAUUUGAAAAUCCAUAAGGCCUGGCUUGUGUUAGUAAACAUUAUAAUUAUUAUGACAUAGGGACCUGCCUGAUUAAUCAUAGUAUUGUGUGCCGUUUUUUUCAGAAUCAGAGGGGGGAGAGAACAUUUAAUGGUACAAAAGGCUUUUUAAAACAAGCUGUGUUUCCAUGAAACAUGAGUGUAUUGACGUGAGAGGACCUUGUCUGGGUUUGCCAGCCUUGUCUAUUACUCUUUCAUUUGCUCUCUUUCUUUCUUUUUCUUUCUUUCUUUCUUUCUUUCUUUCUUUGCCUGUCCCUUCACCUCCCUCUGUGUUCCUAGAUGAGAGUCCCAGGGAUGCAUUUAGGAGUGAUUUAUAAUUCCCAAUGGGACUGUUGUCCCGCAUGAGUGUAGCACACAGGAAAGGCUAAGAAGGAAAGGAGAGGAGAGAAGAGAAGAGAAGGGGAUGAGAUAAAAGAGGUGGGAAGGGGGAGGGGGGAAUGAAAAUGCUUUAUGAACCUUCUGCAACCUCUGAAUCAAAGAAGGAUGAAAGCUUUUUAAAAUGAUUAUAUGAUUGUUGUGAAGCUAUCAUGAACAUUCUAAAGGACAGAAUUCUAUGACAGCCGCGAAAUAUAGCAUGUAUAUAGCAAACGUUACGGUGAGUCCCACUUGACCGAAUCUAUAGAAGAAGAAUUUAACACAGAAAUAGAAUUGUACUUAAGAGGUGGAAAUAGCACAAAGUGCUCUCUUGUUGUGCAAUGUUCUAACAAAUCUGCCAAAACAGAUAAGCUUUAUAGAAAAAAUAAAUCUUUACCCCAAUGUGUAGACAUGCAGCAAGGAGGGUGGGUUAGUGAGAUAUUAACUGGGAAUUAUAUUUUUGUUAUUUUUAUCAUUGGAAGAACAUAUUUAAAAACUCAACAUGUUAUUAAAUAUCUGUCAACAAAAACAGUAAGGAAAUGUAGCUGUGAGACAUAAAAAGCAGCUAUACCUUGCUAAUGUAUAAAGAUAUAAAAUAAAUUAUUUUUCUUGUGUAAUGUC